CACUGGUACCCUUUCUUGCAGGACUGAGAGUCCAGCCUCUUUGCACCAGGAUUGAUGCCUCUGGUGGCUUUUUGGUGAGCAGGACGCAACGGGACAGCAGGACGCCAGCUUUGACCUAUGGGAAUACUCAACUUCUCACCAUAGGAGAGAAAUCAAGCAAUAAUCAGAUUUGAAAUCAAAGGAUUUACUGUAGCGGCACUUCCAAAGACACUACAUUUCUUUGUUUUUUUCUUCACGGGUGCAGCUUUUACCCCAGUUUUUUUUAGGCAACCAUGUCCAGGAGAAAGGUGAGAGGCCUGACCCGUACAGGCCGUCAGGUCAGCGAGGACCCAGAUCUGGACAACCUGCUGUCCACCCUCUCCCCCGAGGAGGUGGAGGAGCUGGAGAAGGACAUGAUGAAAGUGCCGGACCUGAAGCCAGAGGAUGGGAAGAUCAUCGUGCAAGGGGAGAGCCAAGCUGCGCAGCCACCUACGAGCAACAAUGUCCAGGAUGCUAAACUGGACGGAGGACGGGAGAGUGACCGUAAAGGGCGGCUCAGUGAGAGGGAGAAAUCGUUUGAGGGUGAGGCAAAAAAGGAGAGUCGGAAGCAGGAAUAUCUGAGAAAGAUGGGCCUGAGUCAGGAGGGAAAUGACGACGUGACAGUCGGUCUGAGAAGACAAGCGAGUAUCUCAGGUGAAAAAGAUAUUAAGAGGGACGACAGAAACAGCAAAGGUUCCGAAAGUUCAAGAGAGGAGCGGAGUCGGCUUUCGAGCAGAUUCAGGAAGCAGGAAGGCAGAGAAAGUGACGUGAAAGAGGAGGCUAAAGAAAAACUUGAGGACAAUAAGAUAAGAGACAGGAGAGAAAACCGAGAGAGCACAGGGAACAAAACAAAGGAUAUGAUCUCUAAGUUACAGGAAAAGAAGGACGACAGCAAAGACAAGAAAGAAGACAGCAGGAGAAGAGAUGAGGGCAAAACCAAAGACAUUAUCUCAAAGUUUAAGGAGAAACAAGAAAAAGAUGUGAGCAAGGAAAAGGAGAGAAGAUCAGAAAGUUUUAGGACGCAAGGACUCGUCUCAAAGAUGUUGGAGAAGCAGAGCAAGGUACAAGAAAGCCUGUCUUCGGAGGGUAAAUCUGAAGAGAGAAAGCCCAAAGCCGAAGAGAAAAAAGUUGAAGAUAAAAAACCUGACGUGAAACUUGAGCGACAGCUGUCAGAGAGGGGCGAGGUGCAGGUGAAACAUGACAAGGCAAAGAAAAGAACAGAUAGAGAAGAGCUGGUUAACCAUAGCGACCACGUGAAAGAGAAGGAGAAUAAAGUAGAGGAGAAAAAGGAAAAAGAGGAGAGUAAAACAAAAGUUAAAAAAACAGAGAAAAAUGAGAAACUUGGCAACUGUGUGGCCAAAAACACCCCAAACAGCAAGAUGGAAGAGGAGGAGGAUGAAGACUCGAGCAUGUUUGAUGAGCUCAUGGAACAGGUUCGCAGCAACGACCCCUCCCUUGUUGAGCUCAACGUCAACAACUCGGAGGUCAUCAAGACAAAAACGCUCAUCGAGUUUGCGGAGGCUUUGCACAAAAACACCCACGUUAAGAAGUUUGCUUUGGCUAACUGUCGCGCGGACGACCACGUGGCUUACGCCAUUGCGGGCAUGCUACGCACUAACAAAACGAUCAUCAGCAUCAACGUGGACUCCAACCAUCUCACCGGCAAAGGCAUCCUGGCUCUGAUCCAGGCGCUGGCACACAACUCCACACUUACUGAGCUUCGUUUUCAAAACCAGCGUCACAUCUGCGGUGGGAAGACCGAGAUGGAGAUGAUUAAGAUCCUGAAAGAGAACACCACACUGCUCAAACUGGGCUACCACUUUGAGUUAGCCGGACCCAGAAUGACCACGACAAACAUCCUGAGUCGCAACAUGGACCGACAGAGGCAGAAGCGCCUACAGGAGCAGAAGCAGGCCCAAGCCAACGGCGAGAAGAAGGGGGCGCUGGAGGUACCCAAGGUGGGCGGCGGAGGGUCUCUUAGAAACUCGCCCAAAGCUUCACCUAAACCUUCACCCAUACCGUCACCAAUGCCAUCACCAAAGCUGACUCCUAAAAAAGGAGCUGGAGGUCCACCACCGCCUCCGCCUCCUCCUGGGGGUGGACCGCCACCUCCCCCGCCUCCCAUGCUGGAUGUUGACACCCUGAGGAACUCUCUGACCCCGGUGUCGCAGAGGAAGCUGGAUGGGAAAAGCCCAGGCGGUAGUAAGAACUCAAGGGACCAACUGCUUGCCUCGAUCAGAGGAAGCGACAAGAAACAACUCAAGAAGGUGCCUGUGCCAAAGUGGUUGCAGUAAUCUUUGCUGAAGAGAGAGGGACAUUUCACCAAAGGUUAUUAAGGAGAUAAACUCUCCCUCGGACGCGGUCAGAGAACUGCGCUGUGGGACUGAUGGAGAAAGAGAAUUUGUUGGAUGAUAAGCUCUCACUAUGAGUUCUCCCCUCAAACACUGGACCAAAAGGACUCUGUGGAGAAUGAGUGAUGCAGGGCUCUGUAUCAGCCGACUGCGGAGCGUGCCAUGAGUGUUAUGGUUGUUUGUCUUCAGUACAUAUUGACGCUUUUUGCACUAGAUAAUAUGAAGCCGAUCAUAUAACAUGUUGUGUAUGCAUCUGAAUGUGAGAGCGGUGGGAGCGUGAGCUUAUUAAUAGUAAGAUAUUCAAAUAACUCUUUAUAAAAUUCUAAUAUACAAAAAGUGAUAUAGUGGACAUUAAUUUGACCGUUUUAUUUAUUUGUGGAGAGGGAAUCCACCUUUUACUUGUAAAUCCGUUCAAACUGGGAAUUCUGAAAUGGCGGAAAUAUCAGGGAAUUAACAAACAUGGCGGCCUGACUGAAAAGAAAAAAUCUGGAUAACAAAAUAUAAAAGGUCAAGGUGGUCUUUGAUUGUGUGUCUCAUUGCCAAAUCUCAAGACAUCUCAGGCAGGGUUUAAUUGAUUUGGAAAGUGGCCCAGUGGAAUCCUGGUGCAUGACGAAAGAGUUAAGCAUGGAAAUAAUUAUAUAAUGCAUUUUUAUCAGGAAGUGCAAACGGCUGUCCUUCAGUAUCUGAUGUUAUAUUUUGUACAGGAUCAUUCUAGCCUGGGGGUUUGGAUACCUUACAUAACGUGUAACGUAAUGCAUCCACAUGUCUUAACCUAAAGGGGAUUUGUAAAAACCAUUACUGGCUUGUAUCACCCCUCCUGUCGAUUUAUGCCAUACUUUAAACUGAAUGUCAUUUCCAAAGGAGUUUAAUGUGAUAAACGAACAAUCAGAGUUGGAAUUCAUAUGUGCGCUGAAGGAUUCUCUGUCAUAUCUGACUACACAUGCCUUUCUUACAGAGCCUGUAUGUCUUCAAUAAAAGAUUCUGGUAUGUUUGCCAUGACAGUCA